UGGAAGUUGUUAUUAAGCCAAUAAUUUCUUAUACCCAUUUCCCGGUUCUUCUUCUUCAGCCUUAAACCGUUUCUCUCUCUAUGUUCUCUCUCUUUCCUGUCAUGGCGUUUAAGCUUCUGUUUCUUCUUCACCUUCAGCUUCUGUUCUGUUCCAACUCCGCCAUUGGAGACCAGAACGAAGCUAAGCAAGAAACCGAAGCCCUUCUUUCCUUCAAAGCCUCCCUCACAAACCCACACCCUCUUUCCUCAUGGAACCUCUCGACCCCCCACUGCAGCGGCUGGCUCGGCGUCUCCUGCCGGCUCGGCCGAGUCGGCUCUCUCUCUCUCUCUACUCUCUCUCUAAAAGGCACGCUCCUUCCUUCCAUUUUCUCUCUCACCGGCCUCACUCACCUCGACCUCUCGUCGAACCUUCUUCACGGAGAAAUCCCGCCUGAGAUUCUCGGCCUGAAAAACCUCAGGAACCUCUUCCUCGGCGGCAACCAGUUCUCCGGCGAGAUACCGAGUCAGUUGGGCGACCUGACUCGGCUCGAGACUCUUGACCUCUCUGGUAAUGCUCUGACUGGAAAUGUGCCUGCCCAGGUUGGGAACUUGACGAAGCUUCUGUUCUUCGACCUCAGCAACAACCUUCUCUCAGGUUCUAUCCCAUUGCUCAUCUUCAGAAAUUUACAGUCUUUGAAUUCUUUGGAUGUUUCAAACAACUCAUUUUCUGGUACAAUACCACCUGAAAUUGGCUAUUUGAAGAAUCUCACCGACCUUUACGUUGGCAUCAACCGGUUUUCCGGUCCGUUGCCGCGUGAAAUCAGUGAGCUAUCUAGGCUUGAGAACUUCUUCUCGCCUUACUGUUUAAUAACCGGGCCUUUGCCAGAAGAAAUGGCUAAGUUGCAAAGGCUGAGUAAACUUGAUUUGUCAUAUAAUCCGUUGAGGUGUUCGAUUCCAAAGUCUAUUGGGAAGUUGCGGAAUUUGAGUAUUUUGAUUCUGGUUUCAUCUGAGCUUAAUGGGUCCGUCCCUCCUGAGCUGGGAAAUUGUAGGAACUUGAAGACUUUGAUGCUUUCCUUCAAUUCGCUUUCCGGGUCGUUGCCUGAGGAGCUUUCUGAGCUUCCAAUGUUGACGUUUUCUGCUGAAAAGAACCAGCUUUCCGGGCGUUUGCCUUCUUGGCUAGGGAGAUGGAAUCAGGUGGACUCGCUUUUGCUUGCGAGCAAUCGGUUUUCGGGGGAAAUCCCGGCUGAUAUUGGGAAUUGUUCUAUGCUUAGACACCUCAGUUUGAGCAAUAACUUGUUGACUGGUGGAAUACCGAAGGAGCUCUGUAAUGCAUUGUCUCUUAUGGAGAUUGAUCUCGGCAGGAACUUCCUUUUUGGUACAAUUGAGGACACUUUUGCUAAGUGUACUAAUCUUACUCAAUUGGUUUUGGGGAAUAAUCAAAUCGUCGGCCGACUUCCAGAGUACCUGGCUGAGCUUCCGCUAAUGGUACUAGACGUGGAUUCCAAUAAUUUGACCGGCAGAAUUCCGAGCAGUAUUUGGAAGUCACAGAGUUUAAUGGAAUUAUCGGCUGCUAAUAAUCAGUUGGGGGGUUCUCUGUCAGCGGACAUUGGCAAAGCAACUGCACUAGAAAGGCUGGUUCUCAAUGAUAAUCGGUUAAAAGGCACCAUACCGGAAGAGGUUGGAAAACUUCGUUCCCUUUCGGUUCUUAAUUUAAAUUCGAAUAUGCUUGAAGGGAAUAUCCCGACCGAGCUUGGAAUGUGCACUGCCCUUACCACAUUGGACUUGGGAAAUAACCAUCUCAAUGGGACCAUACCAGAGAGUCUUGCGGACUUGGAUCAACUUCAAUGCUUGGUUCUCUCUCACAAUGAUCUAUCCGGGUCGAUUCCUGCAAAGCCGUCUUUGUAUUUUCGUCAGGUUAAUAUCCCUGAUCUGAGCUUUGUUCAACAUCGCGGAGUUUUUGAUCUGUCUUACAAUAGGUUGUCUGGCACGAUACCUGAUGAAUUGGGAAGCUGUGUGGUGGUGGUAGAUCUUUUGAUAAGUAAUAACAUGCUUUCUGGGGGAAUUCCAAGGUCACUCUCUCACUUGAAGAAUCUUACAACGCUGGAUUUAUCAGGGAAUUUGCUUACUGGUUCCAUCCCUCCAGAGUUUGGUGACUCUCUAAAGCUUCAGGGGUUGUAUCUUGGAAAUAAUCGGCUCACUGACAGUAUCCCUGGAAGUUUGGGUCGUUUGAGUAGCUUGGUGAAGCUGAAUUUGACUGGAAAUGAGCUCUCUGGUUCAGUACCAGUAACUUUUGGGAACUUGAAAGGCCUGACACACUUGGAUUUGAGCUCUAAUGAGCUUAGCGGUGAGCUUCCUUCUUCUCUUUCGAGCAUGCUAAACCUUGUAGGGCUUUAUGUUCAGCAGAACAGGCUUUCUGGCCGGGUUGAUCAGCUCUUCUCGAAUUCCAUUUCGUGGAGGAUCGAGACUAUGAAUUUGAGCAGUAAUUUGUUUGAUGGGAAAUUGCCACAAUCUUUAGGCAACCUGUCAUACCUGACGUACUUGGAUCUUCAUGCAAAUAUGUUUUGGGGUGACAUUCCAGCAGAGCUCGGGAAUUUGAUGGAGCUCGAGUAUUUUGAUGUUUCAAGGAACAGGCUCUCCGGACAGAUUCCAGAGAAAAUAUGUGGGCUGGUGAAUCUAUUUUACCUGAAUUUGUCUGAAAAUGGAUUGGAAGGGCCUAUUCCCAGGGGUGGAAUUUGCCAGAAGCUAUCAAAAGUUUCACUUGCUGGGAACAAAAACCUGUGUGGGAGAAUUAUGGGGUUGGAUUGCCAGAUAAAAGAUUUCGACAAAUCUGCACUGUUAAAUGCCUGGGGACUGGCUGGGAUUGUAGUUGGAACUACUCUUAUAAUUCUUACUAUUGCAUUUGCUCUUGUGAGAUGUGUUGUCAGGAACAGCAGGCAAAAAGACACUGAAGAAAUUGAGGAAAGCAAGCUUAACAAUUUUCUUGGUCAAAAUCUCUAUUAUCUUAGCAGCAGUAGCAGAUCAAAGGAGCCUCUGAGCAUCAAUGUGGCCAUGUUCGAGCAGCCUCUCUUGAAGUUGACUUUAGUCGAUAUCCUUGAAGCGACCAACAACUUCUGCAAGACCAACAUAAUCGGAGAUGGAGGUUUCGGUACAGUAUAUAAAGCUACUCUGCCUAAUGGAAAAACAGUUGCAGUUAAAAAGCUUAGUGAAGCCAAAACGCAAGGUCAAAGAGAGUUUAUUGCUGAAAUGGAAACUCUGGGGAAAGUGAAGCACCAAAAUCUAGUGCCGCUGCUCGGGUACUGCUCUAUUGAGGAGGAAAAGCUUCUUGUUUACGAGUAUAUGGUGAACGGGAGCCUAGACCUUUGGCUGAGAAAUCGAACAGGGGCUCUUGAAGUUCUCGAUUGGGAGAAACGCUUCAAAAUCGCAAAUGGUGCUGCUUGUGGGCUGGCCUUUCUCCACCAUGGAUUCAUUCCCCACAUCAUUCACAGGGACAUAAAAGCAAGCAACAUCUUGCUCAAUGAAGUCUUUGAGCCAAAGGUUGCUGAUUUUGGGCUGGCGAGGUUGAUUAGUGCCUGUGAGACUCAUAUCACGACUGACAUUGCAGGAACGUUUGGUUACAUUCCACCAGAGUAUGGGCAGAGCGCGAGGUCCACUACAAGGGGCGAUGUCUACAGUUUCGGCGUGAUUUUGCUUGAGUUGGUGACAGGGAAAGAGCCAACAGGACCGGACUUCAAAGAGAUCGAAGGCGGGAAUUUGGUGGGCUGGGUGUUUCAGAAGAUCAAGAAGGGGCAGGCUGCUGAUGUUCUCGACCCAACCGUCCUCAAAGCGGACUCUAAGCACAUGAUGCUUCAAGUGCUGCAGAUUGCUUGCCUUUGCCUGUCUGAGAAUCCCGCCAGCAGGCCUACCAUGCUUCAAGUGGUGAAGUUCUUCAAAGGGAUCAACGAUGAGUAACUCUAAGAUCUAGCCUCUUCUAAUGUAGCUUGAGUCAUAGGACUGAUGAACUAUAAUAAUAUUGUAGAGUAUUUAGGAAGAAGAUAGGUCUGUAACG